AUGGCCCUCGUUAUGCCCACUGUGGAUCACCACAUAUCACAAUCAGCAUUUGACCCCUUGGCUGUCCAGCGCGGAGGUGAAACGUACCGCGCGGGCGUGGGCAGGGUGGAACAUCCUCCAGCGCGCUCCACCGCCCGAGCGGCCGAUGCAUAUAUCGUGUGCAUCCUCGUCUACGAUACAGAGUAG